AUGGCAGGCGAGCAACCGGACGCAGUGCCGCAGGCGACGGUAAAUGAGUUUAGCAUUCUGAACUCGUUUUGGUUCGCCCUGGGCGCCUUCAUGCAGCAGGGUUGCGACAUCUCGCCCCGGUCGGUGUCGGGCCGGAUCGUCGGCUCGGUCUGGUGGUUCUUCACGCUCAUCCUGAUCUCGUCCUACACCGCCAACCUGGCCGCGUUCCUCACGGUCGAGCGCAUGGUCACGCCGAUCAACUCCCCGGAGGAUCUGGCCUCGCAAACCGAGGUCCAGUACGGCACGCUCAUCCACGGCUCGACCUGGGACUUCUUCCGGAAGUCACAAAUAUCGCUGUACAGCCGCAUGUGGGAGUACAUGAACUCCCGGAAGCACGUGUUCGUCAAGACGUACGACGAGGGCAUUCGGCGGGUCCGCACGUCCAAGGGCAAGUACGCGCUGCUCAUCGAGUCGCCCAAGAACGACUACACCAACGAGCGGGAACCGUGCGACACGAUGAAGGUUGGCCGCAACCUCGACACGAAAGGCUUCGGCAUCGCCACGCCCCUCGGCUCUCCGCUCAGGGAUCCAAUUAAUCUCGCGGUCCUGUCGCUAAAGGAGAACGGCGAGCUGACGAAGCUCGUCAACAAAUGGUGGUUCGAUCGGACGGAGUGCAAGCACACGGACAAGCAGGACGCGUCGCGGAACGAGCUCUCGCUGAGCAACGUGGCCGGGAUCUUCUACAUCCUGAUCGGCGGCCUGCUGGUGGCGCUGGCCGUGGCCCUCGUCGAGUUCUGCAUGAAGAGCUCGGGCCGGUCGAGCAACCGGAUUCCCCUGUCCGACACGAUGACGUCGAGCUCGAACUCGAAGAACCGGCUCACGAUGCCACCGACGGCACGGGACUACGACAACGGGCGCAUCGGGUACUACACACCCGCGACGCACACCGAGCCGGACCCGAUCCACGCCAACUCGCACACGCAGGUUUGAUGUAAGGAGCCGCCGGAGCUACGCCUAUGACGUCCAC